AUGCAAGCGAUAUUCAUUUUAUUUUGUGUUGCUGCGUGUUCGGUUACUGCCAUCGAGUUAACAUUCGAAUUACCUGAUAAUGCGAAUCAGUGCUUUUAUGAGGACAUGAAAGCUGGUAUCGACAGUGUUAUUGAAUUCCAGGUUGUAACUGGAGGGAAAUAUGAUGUUGACAUGAGUCUGGAAGAUCCGAAAGGAAAAAUACUCUACAAAGAUGUCAAGAAACAAUACGACAGUUACUCAUGGAAGACUGCAAUUGAUGGAACUUACAAGGCAUGUUUUUCCAAUGAAUUUUCAACUUUCACACACAAAAUUGUAUAUAUGGAUUGGCAAAAAGGGGACGAAGGUCUGACGAAAACAACGCCACGUUUAGCAGCUAUGACUCAGCUAGAGACAUCUGCAUCUAGCAUUGGUGAUCGCCUUCGUCUGAUCGACGACUUUCAAACGCAUCAUCGCCUUCGUGAAGCAACCGGUCGUAAACGUGCUGAAGAUCUCAACGAACGUGUCAUGUUAUGGUCUAUGGGACAGACAUGUGUUAUCUUGCUCAUUGGUAUCACGCAGGUAAGCAAAAUACCGAUUAUUCAUCAGUUGUUGUCGUCAUUUUAA